GUUGGGGUCAGGGCAGGAGUCUGAGAUCUUAUCCAUGUCACCCUUAUGAGAGGUGGGAUUGGAAGUAGAUUUUUGGAACUUAUUCCAUGUUGCGCUUGCAAGAAGCAGAAAUUCAAUUGUAUUAGCCAGGGCCUGCAUUUGUAAGAAGUUAGAACUGGAACCCUAUGAAGGCAUCAGACGAGGUUCUCUGAUAUGGGUCUUAGGCAUCUUAGGCAGUAGGCUAAACACUGGCUCCUAACUACCACCUUACAGGAAAUUUGCAGGAAAACACAUUAAUGCCACAUGGAUACAAAUAGCUAAUUUUGGAUGAGAGGAACUUGUACAUGCAAAUGCCUCUGUUUUUCUCUUUUCUAAUUCAGACAAAAAACAUGUGUCCGAUGGAAAAGGUAGAAAGAGAAUCUGUCAUUGACAGUGUACCUGUAAUAAUUUCACUUUCUCCUCAGGAUUCCUCAGAAGCUGCAUGUCUUGCUGGUGUGCCACCACAAUCCAAAAUGAUCCUCCACAGGACGCCGAUUCAUCUGUGGAGUUCAAUGUGCUUCAAAUGGAUGACCUUGCAAGAAUAAUUUUGGAGAUGCUUCAUGUUUUGAAGGAAAAGGGGCCACAGACAAAGGAUGUUUUUCAUAAGAUUGACAACAUAAAAUCAUUUCUGUCCCUGAAGGAAAGAGUUAUGCUUGGAGGAGUAUUUGAUUGGGCUAAUGAAUCUCCACUCGUCGUAGCCGCUUUAUUAAAGGAUUGUCUUCGACUGAUCCCCAGUACUAUUUUUAUGAAACAACUGUACUGUAAGUGGAUUAGUGUUCUUGACAAACAGGAUGAAGAGAAAGCCACGGAGAUCAAGAGGUGAUUAUAUAAUUAACAUUGACUCCUGACAU